AAUUGCAGAAUGUGAAAAGUGUUUCCACAACUCAACUAAAAGCACAAAAUGUUACAAUUCUGCUUGAAGAAGGGAAGAAAUAUGAUGUGAUGGUGCAGUCACUGAAGAAUGGGAAAAUUCUACAUGCAAAAUCAUUCAAGACACGAAGAAGGACAUCUCUCAUGGUCAGAUGACUCCCCAUAUUUUGGACAAUCUGAGUUCUCUUCUCUGCCAAUGAUCCCAGAAAAUGAAACUGAUUGUUAUGCAUUCCAGCGAAAUUCUAGUGGUCCAAAUUACUUUUUCAUGCCUUUCUUCUGCUAUAUCCCAUUGCCAUAUAUUUGCAAAUAUGAAUUGUCCUCUGUUCCUGAAAACUUCACAUUUAAGGUGCAGGAUGUUGGCACGGAUGAAGCAGCACUUUUUUGGAGCAGUUUGAUUGGCUGGUUUACUUCAGACUUUCAGCUCACUAUUAAAUACUACUUUGAACUUUCAGAACAACAUUCUGAAACUUUUACUCUAAAUUCAACACAAACAAAAAUUUUGAAAUUGUGCCCUGGUCAUUUGUAUAAUUUUUUAUUAUCGGCAAGAAGCCCUGAAGGGGCACAUAUUAGCUUACACCCAGUGAGGAUGCUAGAGACAAGGCCAUUACAUUUACUCAAUGUGAAGGCAACACGGGUGACUUCAUCAGAAAUAGUUUUGCAAUGGGAUUCUCCAAUGAGCCCAUGUAAUGCAUCCUUUCAUCACUACCUAAUUAGCAUCUUAGAGAGUGGAACAACAAAGUGGGAAGCCAUUCCAUUUGGAAAAAGUAACACUUCUGCUGUAAUUGGAAAUCUCAAGCCAUACCACCAGUAUCAGCUACAGAUUCAAAGCGUAGCUGAAAGGGGAACUCUAAGCUGCUACGAGGAUCCUAUGUUAAUAGUAACAGGUGUCAGCCCACCUACAAAUGUAUUCAUCCAUCCAGAAGAUAUAGGAGAGGACCAUGUAAUUAUCUACUGGAAACUGCCACAAGAGGGCCAGGAAUCCUAUAUCCAAGCAAGACCAUCUGCAGUUGAGGAUAAAAGCAUGGUGUUCUUAGUAAACAAUACAGAGAGUUUUAAAAUUGAACUCCUAAUACCUGGAAUGACUUAUGAAAUAGGAGUGGCUACAGUAACAAAUGGAAACAAGAGUGAUCUAAAUACCAUUCAAUGCACUCUUAAACCCAAACCAGUACAGAUUGUCAUUCCCUAUGAAGUUCGAAGUAAUUCUGUGGUUUUAUUUGUUCAAAUGCCUGCUGUUGGAGUCAUUGAUGGCAUACAUGUCAUGAGUCAAAGAGGCCCUAAUGCAACUACAACUUUAACAACUGAUGGGAAAGUAACUAUAGAGAAUUUAAUCCCGGGCACGGAAUAUGAUUUUUUUGUUUCCACUACAAGUAGAUCUAUGUUAAGUUCUGUGUACCACCUGCCAGCUAUAAGAACAUGCCUUGCAGUCCCACUAAAUGUACGUGAAGGCAGAGUUACAGAUAUUUCAAUACAGAUUAUUUGGGAUAGAGCAGAUGGAAACUUUCAGCAGUAUGAAGUCACAUGCAUAAACUAUGCAGGUAUUUUCAUGGUCCAAAAAGUCACAAAAGAAUUGGCAGAAUUUUCCAGUCUGAUCCCUGGCUCACUAUAUAACUUCACAGUUAGAACUGAAAAAGAAGGAUACAAGGACAGCCUUCCUGCAAGCAUACAAAUAGAGACAGAACCAAUGAAGAUAUGUGGUCUAACCUUAACACUGGUAAAUACUUCAUCUGCUACAUUAACAUGGAAUUCCAAGAAGACCAACUUUACCCAUUACAAAGCAUCUGUAUCAAACAGUACAUUCACAAAGGAAUAUACUAUUCCAGGAAUUCGGACGCAUUACACCGUUACAGAUCUGACUGCUGGUGGGAUUUAUAAUUUCACACUGCAAAGAGUAAAAGGGAGUGUUGAAAGUACAAUUGCCUUUACUGAAAUCGCUGCAGAGCCGGAAAAGCCACAGAAACUAACAGUCUUCAACGUGUCGGCACAUUCCUUUUCUCUACAUUGGAGGCUGCCGCAUGGAUAUGUGGAAAGGUUUCGUGUGGUUCUCACACCUCCUCAUGGCUUUGUUUCUAUCCGAGAUGUGGGAGGUGGGGAGUAUCAGGCUGAUAUUUCCAGCACUACUCCUGGAACAUUGUACAAUGUGACUGUUUCUUCAGUUACCUCUUCGGUGUACAGCUCACCUGUCAGCAAAACAGUGACAACUAAUGUAACUAAUCCCGGACCUCCUGUUUUCCUUGCGGGGGAAAGAGUUGGAUCUGCAGGAAUUCUUCUCUCUUGGAACACACCACCACAUCCAAAUGGGAGGAUUAUAUCCUACAUUGUUAAAUAUAAAGAAGUAUGCCCUUGGAUGCAAAAUACUUAUACUCAGGUUACAACAAAGCCAGACAGUUUGGAAGUUCUUCUCACCAAUCUUAACCCUGGAACAACUUAUGAGAUUCAGGUUGCUGCUGAAAACAGUGCUGGCAUUGGAGUAUUUAGUGACCCAUUUCUCUUUCAAACUGCAGAAAGUGCUCCAGGUAAAGUGGUGAAUCUCACAGUUGAAGCCUUCAACUAUUCUGCUGUCAAUCUGAUUUGGUUUCUACCUCGGCAGCCAAAUGGAAAAAUAACCAGUUUCAAAAUUAGUGUAAAGCAUGCAAGAAGUGGGAUAGUUGUGAAAGAUGUUUCUGUUAAAGUGGAGGACCUUUUGUCUGGAAGGCUACCAGAAUGCAAUGAUAACAGUGAAUCGUUUUUGUGGAGUACCACGACUCCCUCAACUACUUCUAGUAAAACUACUAUAUUGACCCCAAGUACAUUUGCUCCCAGCAAAAUGAUCUCUGUUUGGAAUGAACCUAUCAGUUUUGUUGUGACUAAUCUCAGGCCAUACACGACUUACCUUUUUGAAGUUUCUGCAGUUACUAUCGAAGCAGGUUAUAUUGACAGUGCAAUUGUCAGGACACCAGAAUCAGUCCCAGAAGAUCCACCUCAAAACUUUGUUAAAGUCAACAUUACAGGAAAGUCUUUUUCAGUUUCUUGGGAACCACCAACCAUUGUUACUGGAAAGUUUAGCUACAGAGUUGAAUUAUAUGGACCACUGGGCCAUAUUUUGGAUAAUAGUACAAAAGACCUCAAGUUUACUUUUACUAAUCUAAUACCAUUCACAACCUAUGAUGCUUUUGUUGCUGCUGAGACAAGUGCCGGGGUGGGGCCAAAGUCAAACCUAACUGUUUUCACUCCCGCAGGAGUUCCAGGACCUGUAUUUGAUUUGCAUAUGGCAGAGGUAUCUGCAACCUUUGUUCGAAUUGGUUGGAGGAAACCACAGCAACCAAAUGGAAUCAUCACUCAGUACAGAGUAAAAGUUUCACUUGAGGACACAGGGGAAACCCUUGAAGAUACAAUUCUAACAGAAAAAAUCAAGGAUUUUAUUGAAGCUUUGGAUCCAGACAUUUUAAAUGAGAACACAGCACCAUCUUUCACGUGGAGUGAAGUGGAAACAGUAACUGGUUCAUAUGAAGGAUCAGCUGAGAUGUUUCCAACAGUGCACAACUUUUCUCCAGUAAUAUUUACAAGCAUGUCUGAGGAUAAUUUGCCUAUUUUGAAUAGAGCUGCAGAACUACAUCCAGAUUCUGCUGAGCAGAUGUCCUAUCUUGUAAAUGGACUCCAGCCUUUCACUCAAUAUGCGAUUGAGGUCUCUGCUUUUACCGUUAUUGGAGAAGGACCACCAGCUAUUCUCAUUGCUAGGACAAGUGAACAAGUUCCAAGCUCAGUCAAAAAUAUCAGUUAUAAAAACAUUAGUUCGUCCUCAGUUUUGCUUUAUUGGGAUAUACCUAUAAACCCCAAUGGAAAGAUCACACAUUACACAGUUUAUGCAAUGGAGCUGGAUACACAUAGAGCUUUUCACCUGACUACGUCAAAUAACAGCAUCUUGAUUACAGGUUUGAGAAAGUAUACAAAUUAUAAAAUGAGAGUAGCGGCUUCCACAACUAUAGGGGAAAGUGCUCUGUCUGAAGACAAUGAUAUUUUUGUGAGAACACCUGAGGAUGAACCAGGUUCACCACCCCAACAUGUCGAGAUAUUAGAAGUGACUGCCACAGAAAUAAGUUUAAGAUGGUCACCUCCUGAGAAGCCUAAUGGGAUUAUAACUCAUUAUGAAGUCGUGUAUGAUGAUGCUAGUGCUUUAAUUCUGAGAAACACAACAGCAACAAAUCUUCUUUUAAAUGGCUUGAAACCAUAUACUCUGUACAAUAUUUCUAUAAGAGCAUUCACUCGCCUUGGGCAUGGGAACCAGUCAUCUCCCCUGUUAUCUGUAAGAACGACUGAUAGUGUUCCUGAAUUCCCACCACAAAACGUAACUUACAAGAAUAUCUCUUCUUCAGAGAUAGAGCUAUCAUUUCUUCCACCAUCUGUCCCGAAUGGGAUUAUAGAGAAAUAUACUGUAUAUCUCAGAGAGACUGAUGGAACUGAUGAAAGAACCAUCAACACCACACAUCUAUCACUAACUAUUACAGGCUUAAAAAUAUAUACAAGAUAUAUUGUUGAAGUAUCUUCAAGCACUAUAAAGGGUGAAGGUCCUCGCAGUGCUCCAUUGCACAUAUUGACUGAUGAAGAUGCUCCUAGCUCUCCUCCACGAUUGCUCACAGUAAAACAGUUGUCUGGUGUCAUUGUGAAGUUGUCAUGGCAACCACCACUGGAGCCAAAUGGAAUUAUCCUCUAUUACACAGUUUAUGUCUGGAAUAUAAUUUCAAGAAGAAGCAUUAAUGUCACAGAAACCUCAUUAGACAUCACAGAUCUUGAAAAUAAGAUGGAAUAUAGUGUUUAUGUAACAGCAAGUACCAGAUUUGGAGAUGGAAAUAUAAAGAGUGACAUGAUCAGCUUCACUACGUCUGAAGGAGCUCCAAGUGACCCACCUAAAAAUGUGUGGUAUAAAAACCUUACUUCUUCAUCAGUACGAAUCUUCUGGAAUCCUCCUCAAAAGCCCAAUGGAGAUAUACAGUUUUAUUCGAUUUACUACAAAAAUGAUUCAGACACUUUCAUGCAGAAUUUUACCAGUUAUGCUCUUGACAGUGGUGUUGACAAUGCAACUUUGUCUGCGGUAUUAAGCAACUUGGCAAAAUGGAGCCACUACACACUUUGGUUAACUGCAAGCACAGCCUUUGGAAAUGGAAACCAAACCAGUGAAAUCAUACAUGUGUACACAGAUCAAGAUGUGCCAGAUGGACCUGUGGAACAGCUGGCCUAUCAAAACAUUUCUUCCACUGCUGUAAAUAUAAGCUGGAUGCCCCCAGCCCAACCUAAUGGAAUGGUCUUCUACAAGGUUUCACUGACAAUGCAGGAUGCGCAAACGGACCAUGAGAUUCUGUUACUGACUUUGAAUGAUACAAAUGUGGUUCUUCGUAAACUGGAAAAAUAUACCAGUUAUCUUCUAAAAAUCACUCCAGCAACAGAAAACGGAGUGUCUGAAAUGCACACUGCUAGUCUGCACAUCAGAACUGAAGAAGAUGUUCCAGAAUCUGCACCAAUUAUGACUUCGUAUAAAAACCUUUCGUCUACCUCAGUCAUGUUAUCCUGGGAUCCUCCAGCCCAGGCAAAUGGCAUCAUAAUAAGCUAUGUGUUAAAGCUGCACGGACUAGAACGAAAUGAUUCUUUCACAACUAUCAAUAACUCAGUUGUUUUAGAAGAUCUUUCACCAUUUGUACUCUAUAGUUUUUAUGUAUCUGCAAGAACUGGAAAAGGGCUCGGCCCAUCCACUGUUUUGAUGUUCUUCACAGAUGAGUCUGUUCCACUGGCUCCUCCUGAGAACCUGACAAUUGCCAAUUACACGUCUAACUCUGUAUGGCUGAAAUGGAAUCCAAGCCCUCAACCAAAUGGUGUUAUUCAAAGAUAUGUUUUUAACAUUUUGGAUAACCGCAGUCAAACUACAUUUUAUCAGAACAUUUCAGGUUCACACAAUGAAGCUAAUAUUCUUGGACUAGAACCGUUCAGCACUUACUUCAUCAGAGUUUCGGCAUUCACAAAAGUUGGAAAUGGCAAUCAAUUCAGUAAUCUUGUUCAGCUGACCACAAUGGAAUCAGCUCCAGAUAUUGUCCAGAAUAUCCAAUGUACUGCAACCAGUUGGCAGUCAGUCCUAGUGCAGUGGGACCCUCCUUUGAAGACAAAUGGGAUUAUUACCCAUUACAUCAUAACAUUUGGAAAGAAUUCAACAAUCUUGUCUUCUGAUAAUGAAACAGUGCAUACUUUCAGAGACUUGUUAUCAAAUACCUCUUACCAGUUUAAAAUACAGGCUGUGACAGCUGCCGGGGAUGGAAAAGAGCAGCUAUGCAAUGCCAGCACAUUUCCAGAAACAGCGCCCAGCGCUCCCAGAGAUAUUUCGUUUUCAAGCAUACAAUCAACAAGUGUGACCUUGAGAUGGAGAAUGCCAGUUACUAUCUUGGGCUACUUUCAAAACUACAAGAUUACUGCGCAGUUACGAUCUAUCCAUUGCAACAACUGGGAAGCUGCUGAAUGUACUGAAUAUGAGCAGGAGCAAUAUUCAUAUACUGUUGGCACUUUGUCAGAGGAAACAGUCUAUGACCUGAAAAAAUUCAGAUGGUAUAGAUUUAGAGUUUCUGCUAGUACGAAUGCUGGUUUUGGCACCUCUUCACCAUGGAUUUCUACACAAACUCUUCCUGGCUUUCCAGAUGCUCCUCCAGAAAAUGUAACUGUGGUAGUUACAUCUCCUUACAGUAUUAAUAUUAGCUGGAGUGAGCCUGUCAUCAUUACUGGACCAACGUUCUACCUCAUUGACAUUACCUCAGUAGAUACUGAUGACUAUAAAGCUUCAUUCGUCAAAACAAAUGAUGAGGACAAAAACCUUGAUGUUUCAGGUUUAAGGGCCUUUACAAGGUAUUCUGUAGUGGUCACUGCUUUUACUGGAGAUAUCCAUGCUGCACAUAUUGAAGGCAAAUCUAGCCCUGCAGUCAUUGUUUCCACUUUUGAAGCAGUGCCCAGAGACCCACUUAACAACAUAACAUUUCAGAAGAUACCCGAUGAAGUAACAAAAUUUCAAGUGACGUUUAUAUCACCAUCUGAACACAGUGGAAAUAUUCAAGUAUAUCAGGCAAUGGUAUUCAAAGAAGAUGACCCAACUGUCUUCCAGAUCUAUAAUUUAAGUGUUAUUGACAGGACAAACAAGUCAGUCACUGCUAUGAUAGAGGGACUAAAAGGGGGACAUACAUAUAAUAUCAGUGUUUAUGCAAUCAAUGGUGCUGGUGCAGGGCCAAAGAUCCAACUUAAAAUCACAACAGACAUUAAAGAACCACCAAGGCCUAGUAAGAAGCCAGUGCCCGUUUAUGAUACCAGUGGAAUGCUCGUCACUGCUACAACAAUUAGUAUUCGUAUGCCGGUUUGCUAUUAUAAUGAUGACCAUGGGCCCAUCAGGAAAAUACAAAUUCUUGUUGCAGAAGCCGGAGCUCAGCAUGAUGGCAAUGUAACCAAGUGGUAUGAUGCCUACUUCAGAAAACCAAGACCGUAUUUUGUAAAUGAGGGCUUUCCAAACCCACCAUGUCCAGAAGGAAAUGAAGGGCUGAGCAGCAAAGAUGAUGUAUAUGUAAUCGGGGCUGAUAGUACAUGUAUGAUACCAGGCAGUGAAGAAAAAAUCUGCAAUGGCCCACUGAAGCCCAGGAGACAGUACUUAUUUAAGUUCAGAGCUACAAAUAUAAAAGGACAAUUUACAGAUUCAGACUACUCUGAUCCCAUCAAAACUUUAGGUGAUGGGCUUUCCGAAAGAGCUGUAGAAAUAAUACUUGCAGUUACAUUGUGCAUACUAUCUGUAAUUCUCCUUGUGGCUGCAAUUUAUGCUUUUGCAAGAAUUCGACAAAAGCAAAAAGAAGGAGGCACAUACUCUCCACGGGAUGCAGAAAUUAUUGACACCAAAUUCAAACUAGAUCAGUUUAUCACAGUGGCAGACCUGGAAAUGAAGGAUGAGAGAUUUACACGGUUACUUAGUUAUAGAAAAUCCAUCAAGCCCAUAGGCAAGAAAUGUUUUCUACAACACGUUGAAGAGCUUUGUACAAACAACAACCUAAAGUUUCAGGAAGAAUUUUUGGAACUCCCCAAGUUUCUUCCAGAUCUUGCCUCAGCUGAUGCUGAUCUUCCUUGGAACAGGUCUAAAAACCGUUUCCCCAACAUCAAGCCAUAUAACAACAACAGGGUGAAGCUGAUGCCUGAUGCUAGCAUACCUGGAUCAGAUUACAUCAAUGCCAGUUAUGUGUCUGGCUAUUUGUGUCCAAAUGAAUUCAUUGCUACUCAAGGACCAUUACCAGGCACAGUGGGGGAUUUCUGGAGAAUGGUAUGGGAAACAAGAGCAAAAACUCUUGUUAUGCUUACUCAGUGUUUUGAAAAAGGACGGAUAAGAUGUCAUCAAUACUGGCCUGAAGACAACAUACCAGUGACUGUGUUUGGAGAUAUAGUGAUUACUAAAUUAGUAGAAGACGUUCAAAUAGACUGGACCAUCAGGGAUUUAAAGAUUGAAAGGCAUGGGGAUUGUAUGAUGGUACGUCAGUGUAACUUCACAGCCUGGCCUGAACAUGGAGUACCUGAAACAUCUGCAUCAUUAGUCCAUUUUGUAAAGCUGAUCCGUGCUAGCCGAGCACAUGAUAGCACACCCAUAGUUGUUCACUGCAGCGCUGGAGUCGGAAGAACAGGAGUUUAUAUCGCCCUGGAUCAUUUAACACAGCAUAUAAAUGACCACGAUUUUGUGGAUAUCUAUGGUCUUGUAGCUGAGCUGAGAAGUGAAAGGAUGUGCAUGGUACAAAAUCUGGCACAGUAUAUAUUUUUGCACCAGUGCGUUUUGGACUUAUUGACAAUCAAGAGGAGCAGUCAGCCUGUGUGUUUUGUUAAUUAUUCAGUACUGCAAAAGAUGGACUCUUUUGAUGCCAUGGAAGGUGAUGUGGAACUAGAGUGGGAAGAAACCACCAUGUAAAAAAAACAACCAGAUAAAAACCUUACGUUUUGAGAAACAACUGUGUUGGGUUUUAAAAAAAAUAAAAAAAUCAAUAAAUCAGGGGCCAAAACAAACCCCCCUCAUGCAAUGAACUAACAGCAAAUAUUAAUUUUUGUAAUAAUAAUGUUAUAGUUUAUACUCUAUUUAUGUGCCUUCAUAAAUACUAUAAAUUAUUAAAUGAUACUUUUGUACA